CGCGCCGUCAAAAAUAGUUAUUCCAUCUACGCCAACCUCAAAAUACAUCUGCAUGUGCAACACCGGUUUCGCGAUUACUCACGAUAAGCCUCAAACAGCAAUAAUCACCGACAAUUGGCGAACAAACGUAGGGAAGUGACCCGUCAGAAAGGGUUUAUUUUGAUCGAGCAUGUGUGAGGUUUGUAAAUAGCAGCAUCGGUUCAAGUUCUUGAAGCAGCCAAAUCAGCUGAGCGAUGGCGAACAGACGGGGACGUCGAUCCUCCUCGUCGUCGUCCUCAUCCCUCGAGGAGUUGUCGAAGCCCUCGAGAGAGCACACAACAAACACCUCACGUGAAAAUACCUUCAGAAUUCGAAACGACAAUGAAAACCCCGAUCUCCCGAGACGUGCGUCGGAGGGGAAUCCCUUCAGCUUCAAACAUUUCCUGAAGAACGAUUCGCAGACGAACUACCAAUACACCGGCGCAAGGCCUAAAGUCUACUCAUCAGGAAGGAAGACUGGUGAGACCAGUGGCCUCGAUAACGAGAGUGUCUACACGAGAAAUCCCACGGAGCUGCCGGACUUCGUUCAAGAUCAUCUGGUCAUUGAGCAGUGCUAUUUGAAUCACGACGCACAAGCCCGUCCUGACGUCGACAAUCUCCUCCAUUUCGCCGUCAAUAGUGUUGAGCAACGAUUAAUGGGCCAUCGGGGCGAGGGAAAAUCGUCGGACAGGGGGGAUCUGCCGUUCGAUCUCACGGGGAGCAUCGACCGGAUGAAGAGGAGACGUGAUCUCGCUGUUCCUAAUUCAUCGCCACUCGAUACUGGGGAGGAAUCAGGGUUUGGGAGGGCUCGCGAGGACUCACCGGUGAUGCUGGAGCCCAUGGCAUUUCCACUAGAUCUGCCACUGAACCAAGAGCCAAAUGGACCAGUCAAUCCAUCAGGAAUUCCUCAACCCUCUGGCGAUGCUAGUAUACCAAAUUCAUUACCAGAUUUUCUGAGUGAUGGGCCAAUACGAAAUAGAGUGGCACCACAGCCCGAGGUCUCGGCCGCUUUAAAUCGCACUGAGCCACUGGAUAGAAGAUUGCUCCUGGAAAUCGACCACCUCCGGCACGACCUAGAAAUGUCUCGCAGGCAGAACAAUGAACAAAACAGACGGAUACAAGCCCUUGAGGCGGAAUUGUCCUCCCGAAGAGCAGUGGAUCACGAGGAGACAGUGCACUUGGAGAAAGCGAUGGAGCAAGUGGAGGACAAUUUGAAGCGCAGUACUAGACGAGCGGUGAAUGCCGAGAGUGCAGUUACAGUAUUGAAGCAAGAGGUGAAAACACUGAAGUCGGAAAUUCUGGCCCUUCGAGAGGAGAAUAGGGAGCUGAGAGGGGCCAUGGGCGUAACUUGCAAUGAUUCCAAGUCAAACAGUGAAAAGAAAAUACAGAGACUAGCAGGGGACUUGAGGGAUGCUGCGUCAUCUGCUAAUACUCUCCUCAGGCAAUUGAUAUCGGGGGUGGACAAUCUCAAAGUAAUCGCCUCAGCCCUGGAGAACGUUGACAGAAUAGAAGUCAGAACCAAAGACUUUCUCUUAGACUUUGACGAGGACAACGCCGCUGGCCCGGCCCUCUAACUCCGAUAAAUCGACGCUAAUUUUUCAUUUACCUAGACAUAAAGUGCGCUAAAAUCCCCUCCAUACCCGUCCCGGAGGCACUAGUGGAAGACAUUUCCAGAAGCUCCAGAAUAAAUCUACAAAUCGAACACGUCCAUCUGUUGUUUUGAAAUUCCUAGGGUUUUAGAGCUAAAUCUAACGUGUAAUUAUUUAUAACUUAUUUGUUGUACUUUUUAUAAUCGUAACUAAACUGUCAGUUUUUAUUUUCAAUGCAAUAUUACGAUGAGUUUUCACGUGUGAAAAUAUUUAGUAGAAAAACCUGACGCCUUUCUUUAGAAAAUUUUAUUGAAUUUUUAUUGAAAGUCCAUAAGAAUUCUAUUGGAAUUCAAUUAAAAAAUUUAAUUCGUUUAUUUAGACGUUUUGUUAAGAGGUAUUCCAUAGAAAAAUGUCAAUAGAUUUUGAUGCAGAUUUGUUAUGCAUAAA